AUGGACCAGAAACCAUCGCCUCCUCGAGACCACUCCAAGACUUAUGGCCGUGUCCGGUUUGCCAAAGUUCGUCCCUCGGACGAACCACAUACAGGUUUUCGGUUUCCAGCCGCCACUUCUCGAAUUCUGGCCGCGAAAACGUCGACCCCAGUAAAUAAACCUGUAGUGAACGAGGAGAAAACCCCCGCAGCAGUUGCUCUUGAUCUCGCUGGAUGGAUUGUGGAUUUAGAUCAUACGUCACUACAACGAACUACUGGUAGCAUUUCCAUAGGAGAGGGUCAGGACAUUGAGUCUGUUGAUACAGAUGAGGCUUCUAUGCAAAAUCCGAGUGCCUCUAAAUUCCCAAUGGUAGACAUACAACCCUUUCUACGCCUGCUAAAGGAUGUGGAAUCUAGCGAACAAAGAACUGGAGCCUAUCCGAAGCCUUCACAGCCAGAAUUCGAGAAGUGGCGGCUGGAAACCGAAAACCUUCGUCGUGUACAGAGUUUACAACAACAACAUGCCCAGGAAAACGAUAUUCGUCGAAAGCGAGAAAUCGAAUUGACGAAUCAGCUGAAGUUGGUUGAACAACAACAUCGUGCGGAUGUGGAGAAAAUGCAGGAAAAGGAGGCGGAAUAUCGUAGACAAAUACGACGUCAGGAAGAGGAACGUAUCGAGUAUCGUAAACAAGCUGAGAAAGCAUUGGAAGAGCGUGAUCGUGAAUUGAGUCGAUUGCGUUUUGUUGAACAGGAACUUAUGAGUCGGCUGGAUCAACUUUCUCAGCAGUAUAAAAAUUUAUCGUCGGAAAUAAACAACGGACCCACACAGUUACAGAACUGUAAGGCAGCGGCAGGUAACAGUACCCUCCCCCAAAAUGUUGGACCAUCGGUAAGUGAAAAUUUUAUACAACGCACUCCCUCUGAAAACCACUAUGCACCGAUCGAUGCACAUCUAAGUACACCCAUCGGGGGAAGAAGCCCUUGUUUCGAUAUCCCACAAUUUGCACCACCCACGUUGCCUCAUCAACUGCCCUGUCCCCCCGCUCCGGUUGCUUCAAUCGCAAAUCCAUCGUUCGAAUCAAAUCAGCAUAGUGAUAAUCUUUCUGGACCAACACCGCAGCAGUUAGCUGCCCGUCAUGUCGGGAAAAAAGACCUUCCUGUGUUCAGCGGAGACCCCGUGGAUUGGCCACUCUUUUAUAGCAGCUAUCAGCACUCCACACAGUUAUGCGGUUUUUCGAAUUCUGAAAAUCUUCUUCGCCUACAACAGAGUCUGAGAGGCAAUACUAAAGAAGCCGUGAGCAGUUUCCUGUUGCACCCUUCGACGGUUCCUGAAGUGAUAGAGACGCUUAGAACUUUAUUUGGCCGACCAGAACAGAUCGUACAUCACAUGGUCAAUAAGGUACGCAGUUCACCAGCCCCGAAAGAACAUCGAUUAGAUAUGUUGCUGAACUUUGGAUUAGUUGUACAGAACAUGUGUAGCCAUCUCAAAGCCGUAGGUUUGGAAAAUCAUUUGUCUGAUCCUACAUUGCUUAAAGAACUUGUCGACAAAUUACCACCUACAGCCCAAUUCAACUGGGCUAUGUAUCAGACACAGUUCUCCCACGUGAAUCUUAAUGAUUUUUCCAAAUACAUGCAGCACGUAACCACCGCUACUAGUCGCUUAGUAAUGAACGGCGGAAUAAGCAAUACAACAUCGAAAAGCAAAGGAAAGGAAUUUGUUCACACGCACGCUGAAAUAGUCGAUGACUCUCAACAACCCGAAUCGAGUCAGACAGAACAGCUGAACUAUAUUGGAGUGAAAACAUGCGUCGCGUGUCAGAAGUCCGCUCACCCAUUGGAGAAAUGUUUCAAGUUCCAAAGUAUGAAUAUAGAUGACCGUUGGAAGCUAGUUAAACAAAAUAAUAAGCUUUGUAGACGUUGUCUUGUUGCCCAUAGUAGAUGGCCUUGCAAGGGAGAAGUUUGUGGGAUAAAUGAAUGCUCAAAGAAACACCAUCGCUUAUUACAUUUCGAACCACAAGUAAUGCAGCAUGCCACCGUGUCUAUACAUCGUGAGGUUACAUCAUCCAUUCUUUUCCGCCUACUACCUGUAACGCUUUUUGGUAGCAAAGGCCAUGUACAAACCUUUGCAUUUUUGGACGACGGAUCUUCUGUCACGAUGUUAGAGGAAUCUUUAGCAAACGAACUAGGUGGCGACGGAAUUACAACAUCGCUCUGCCUCCAGUGGACUGGGGGAGUGAACAAAAACAUCUCUAAUACUCGAAUUAUGGAAUUUGAGAUCGCAGGAACUAGUGAGACUAGGCGUCAUAAAUUAUCCGAAGUAUAUACUGUUGAAAGUCUCGAUCUGCCUGAACAAAGUCUGUAUUUCAACAGCAUGUCACAGGAGUAUCCACAUCUACAAGGUUUGCCCGUAAAAAGUUAUGAAUGCGCAGUGCCGAGACUACUUAUCGGAUUGAGCAAUGCUCAUUUGCUUAUGACAUUGAAGGCUAGAGAAGGCAGACAGGGUCAGCCAGUUGCUACCAAAACACGGAUUGGGUGGUCAAUUUUCGGUCGAGUGCCAGGGAAAGCGAUUACAUUGCCACAUCGCCAGUUACACAUUUGUGCUACGAAAGCCAAUGAUAGUUUGCACGAAUUUGUGAAAAUCUUCUUUUCGAUUGAAAGUCUGGGUAUACGAGCUGCACCAGAAUUGCAGACGUUAGAAGACCAACGAGCCUGUAAAAUACUAUCAGAAACAACAAGACGUACACCAAGUGGCCGUUUUGAAGUUAGUUUAUUGUGGAAAUAUAAUUACAUUGAAUUUCCAGAUAGUCGCCCCAUGGCUGAGAAUCGCUGGAAUUGUUUGGAGAGACGAUUAACGAAAAAUCCCACUCUGUAUGACAAGAUCCGUCAGCAAAUUGUAGAUUAUCAACUUAAAGGCUAUGCGCAUAAAGCCACCCAAGCUGAAUUCGAACGCUUUGAUCUUCGCCGUACGUGGUUUUUACCCAUGGGAGUAGUGCUAAACCCAAAAAAGCCUGAGAAGGUUCGUCUGAUAUGGGACGCAGCUGCUAAGGUCGACGGUGUAUCAUUAAAUAGUAUGCUCAUGAAAGGUCCCGAUCUUCUUACUUCACUUUUGUCCAUACUUUUUCGUUAUCGAGAGCGCGAAUUAGCCAUUGCAGCGGAUAUAAAGGAGAUGUUUCACCAAAUAUUGGUGCGGCCUGAAGAUCGUAGUGCGCAGUUGUUUCUAUGGCGAGAUUCGCCGGACAAACCAUUGGAAACCAUGGUGAUGGAUGUGGCCAUAUUUGGCGCAACGUGCUCGCCUGCGCAUGCACAGUUUGUAAAAAAUUUGAAUGCGUCAGAACAUCAACAUGAUUAUCCCAGAGCAGCGGAUGCUAUCACCCGAUGGCAUUAUGUAGACGACUACAUACAGUGUGUUGACACUAUCGAGGAAGCGGUGGAAUUAGCCCUGCAGGUGACUGAAGUCCACUCCAGGGGGAAAUUCGAAAUUGUUAAUUGGAUAUCAAAUCGAAACGAAGUUCUGGAACAAAUCGGCGCCAACAAUCCAAGAGCUGUAAAGAAUAUGCAUUUUGGUGAAGAUUCAGAAGGUCAACGAUUAUUAGGAAUGAUUUGGCAACCGUCCUCCGAUGUAUUCUCCUUUCCCGUGCAAUUUUGCAAGGAGAUUGCAGAUUUAGUUAAUUGUAAAACCAUUCCAACGAAAAGGCAAUUAUUAAAAUUGGUUAUGAGUUUGUAUGACCCUUUGGGACUGAUUUCCGUAUUUACGAUUCAUGGAAAAAUAAUCAUUCAGGAGGUGUGGCGAGAGAGAAUUGACUGGGACGAACAAAUACCUACAGAAAUUUUCACUAAAUGGAAACAGUGGCUGAGCGCAUUGCCAGAUAUAGAAAGCUUGAAAAUUAAACGAUGCUACUUUCCUGGGUAUUCGAAAAACACGUAUGACCACGUUCAACUGCACAUAUUCGUCGAUGCGAGUGAGCAAGCGUAUGCAGCAGUAGCUUAUUUGCGAGUCGUAGAAGGUAAUCAAAUUCGAUGCGCUCUGGUAUCUUCGAAAACAAAGGUUGCACCUCUGAAGAUUUUGUCUAUUCCACGUCUGGAGCUGCUUGCGGCCUUGAUAGGAGCCCGGCUAAGGAAGGUUAUAGAGGAAGAACACACCAUCACCAUCCAUGAAGUUUUUUUUUGGAGUGACUCGACGACAGUACUGUCAUGGAUACGGUCGGACAUGCGUCGCUAUAAUCGGUUUGUAGCUCAUCGAAUAAAUGAGAUACUAGAAUUGUCCAAAAUUGAAGAAUGGAGAUGGGUUCCCACACGCCUCAAUGUCGCUGAUGAAGCUACGAAGUGGGGACGAGGUCCUUCAUUUGACGCAGAGAGUCGAUGGUAUAAGGCACCAGAAUUUCUAUACGAACUGGAUGAAAACGAAUGGCCAAGAGAUCGCACUAUUCACGCUGAAUGUAGUAAGGAAGAAUUACGCAUCGAAAGUGUUCAUACUCAUGUGGCACGUGUUCCAAUCAUCGCUUUUCCAAAUGGGAACGCAUUCUACGAACGACAGGCUACGUUCAUUAUUUUGAAGAUUGUUAUAUGA